CUCGGUGGAACUGCUGAGCAUGGCGUUGUUAGAAGAUGACACCAAGUUUCCUGAUUUCACACUGAGGAAGCAUACUGAACCUAUCACAUCGCUCUGUUUUGUUAGAGUGCCUCUUGGAUGUACGAGAAGGCUACUUCGAGACGGCGUGGAGUCGUCUUCAGCUUUGCUGAAGCCCUUUCUGCUUUCCGGCGAUGAGAAGGGUAACUUGACACUGUGGGACUUGACGACACGUCGACCUAUCAAGUCGUGGAGAGGACAUCAGGGAUCGAUACUGUCGAUAGAGCAGCUGGGGUUGAAGACUGGCACGAUUGAUGAUAGGCUGUUUGGAUUGGUUUAUUCGCAUGGACGUGAUAACUGUAUAAAGUUCUGGAGACUGUUCAACAGCAUGGGGAACUUCUCCCUGGAGGAGGUUUAUGAUUUACCAGAGAAUGCACUCAAUUUCUGCAAUGUGGAUCACCGUGGGAGUCUCAUUGUGAGUCCCAAUACCCUUGAAUCUGGUAAGUUUGAUGUUUACGAUAUCGCAUUUCUCGGCGAUGAAACACCCAAUGAGAAUAGACUCAGGAGAAUCUUCCAGGGUGUUGAUGUAUUUCAAAUUGCUGCUGAAAAUGGCAUCAACAUUCCAGAGUUCAAGUUGAAAAGAGCUGACGAUGACGAUGGCAAUAGAGUGGAUAAGUUUGGAAUUAUCAUGAGGCUUCUCUUUUUGGAAAAUGACCAAUUGGCUGUUGGAUUCGAGUCAGGCCAUGUUGCCACGUUACAACUGUCAUUUGAGCCUUCAAAGGUUCAAAUCUUAAGCAUCACAGGCGAGCAUUUCCCAAAUCCUGUUCUUUCGCUAUGUUACGAUGAGACUAACAACAUGGUGGCGUCAACUUCAAUCUCAUCUCAUGUCGUUUUCCAAGAUCUGGCCACACAUCAUUCAAGAGUUGUCAAGCUUGACCAUUUUGGUAAGAUAGGUGGAAUUGUAAACAUUGAUAACAAAUACAUAUUGUCUUCAUGGAACGGGACAACUAAGUUCAUGGAGUAUCACAAUGGAGAGUUGCAAUACAGUGCUAAAUUUACAAAACCUAAAGGUAUGAUCACUGGUGAUUUGAAUACCAUUGGUAGUUUACAAGAUUCUGAUAAACCUUUAAAGAAGAGCACAAUAAAACCAAACGUUUUGAGAAUCGUCGAUUCUGUUGAAGUUCCAGAAUCUAUUAGAAGCGCAAUUACGAGGCGAGAUAUCAAUAUCAUUACAAGCAAGAUCUUAGCUUUAGGAUUUGAAGAUUGUACCAUUGCAGUUUAUACAAAGUUUUAAUAGUUGGCCCUUGUCUUCUAAAAUCAACGAGAUUUAAUG